UUAAAUUCUUGCUCUGAAUAAAUGCAGUGCAUAUAAAUGUAAAUACAAGGCGUGAAGUUUACAUUACAUUCACAGCUCAGAAAACGCGAGGAACGUAAACGCAAUAGAAUAGGAGAGAACCGGGGUCAGCACAAGUACGUCGUCACUCCACAAACCUAAUGACCGUUUAGUUUAGAUUUCGACCGUCCAAUGACGCAGAAGCAGUUCUUCGUUCGGCCGCUGCCGGCGGGGCGCAGCAUGGUCAUGACCGGUUACCCGGAGGAGACGGUGGGAUCGGUUCUGUAUAGAAUCGAGUACGCCACGCGAGUUCCAAUGGCCGAACAGAGACUCAUAUAUAAAGGAAAACAGCUUCAGUUGGACAAGACUCUGGAAGAAUGCGGAAUCGAGAACGAUUCCAACCUUCACCUCGUUGCUUACUUGCGGAGUGGGGGCCACCCCGCCGCCUCGCGGAUUAUUGACUACAUGGUUGCGGUGCUCUCGCACGUUCGACGCGGCGACACCGUGCGUUACGACUUGAGGAUAAUCAAGGUGCUGGUCUCGCGCCACUUCCUCGUCCCUGGUUUCGCUGAGCUUUUCAUGGAUUCGAAGGCUCCCAUGCUGCUGGCCUCACUGUACACGUCGCCUCCCACAGGUGGCGACAGGGACUACGCCGGGUAUUGCAUAAGCUAUAUCAUGAAUUGCUGCAGGGCCAAAAAUUUGCAGGGUGUUUCAGUUGCGGCGGCCGCAUUGGAGUUUUGCAAGCAGCUUAAGAAGUUUGGGUGUGGGUGUGAGGAUAAUAUGUACUCCUCGUGUCGAAGCACUUUGGGGUUUUUGUUGCAGGGGACUGGGAAUGGGAGUGCUAAACGGACGGUUUCUUUUGGUGAUGUUGCUUCUUUUGUUCCUGAGCUUGUGGAUAGGUUGAUUUUGGGGUUGAAUUGGAGUAUGAAGUGUCCCACCACCCUUACUAAGCCCUUGGUGGUGGAGAUUGUGGAUUUUGGAGUAUUUGUGGCCACUGUGAGGAGAAGAGUUAUGGUGGACCAGGGGUUGGAAGAGGUUUUGAGUGAUGAGAUUGAAAAAUGUAAUGCAGGGGAGAUGCAUGAGGUGAAGGGACAAUUGUUUGAGGAACAUGUUGAUUUUCUUCGCAUUGCUUUUGUGAGGUUGUUGAGCAAGAUGAGUGAGUGUUUUCAUGUCAUGGCCCAACGCUUGGCUGACAAGGAGCAUGAGAGGAGCAAUGUUGUUGGCAAUAUAGCAUGGGGUAAGUAUCUUCGUAUCUUGAAGGAGUUGUAUGAGAUUUCCAAGGUCUUUCAUGAUGCGGAGGAACAGUUUUGGAGAAUUUUGAUGUAUCAUAGGAAUAUGUUGUCUGCACUGAUUGUUGGGUUUGUGAAUAGAGGUUUUGAUCAUCAGUGGAUUCUUGCCAACAAAAACGUGACUAAUUUUGAGUGUAGGAGGCAUUUGGCAAUGCUGCAGUUCCCUUGCGCAGAAGAAGAUUAUGAGCUGUUUCAGGAAAUGCUUAUUGACAGGUCUAAGCUACUGGCUGAGUCCUUCGAGUACAUUGGACGAGCUGAGCCCGAAACUCUGCGUUCUGGUCUGUUUAUGGAAUUCAAAAAUGAGCAAGCUACAGGACCGGGUGUGACGCGGGAGUGGUUUGUUUUGGUGUGUCAUGAAAUAUUUAAUCCACAGAAUGCUCUUUUUGUGGCUUGCCCGAAUGACUGCAGGAGAUUUUAUCCAAAUCCUGCAUCUAAGGUACAUCCUCGCCAUCUUGAGUACUUCAGGUUCGCUGGACGUAUCAUUGCAUUGGCAUUGAUGAAAAAGGUGCAAGUGGGUAUUGUUUUUGAUCGUGUGUUUUUUAUGCAAUUGGCUGGAAACAAUGUUAUUUUAGAAGAUAUACGGGAUGCAGAUCCUUUCUUGUAUAGAAGCUGCAAGCUAAUAUUGGAGAUGCAUGCUGAUUUCAUUGAUUCAGAUGCAUUAGGACUGACAUUUGUUAGAGAGGUGGAGGUAUUAGGAUGCAGGAAAGUGGUUGAGCUUUGCCCUGAUGGGAAAAGCCUUGUAGUGAAUAGCAAGAACAGGGAGAAGUAUGUUGAUCUUCUUAUAAAGAAUUGUUUUGUGACAUCCAUAUCUGAUCAGGUAUCACAUUUUGCCAAGGGUUUUGCUGAUAUUCUUUCCAAUUCAAAGCUGGAACAGUUCUUCCAAUGGUUAGAGCUUGAAGAUCUUGAUUGGAUGCUGCAUGGGAGUGAAAAUACCAUAUCGGUUGAUGAUUGGAAGGCACAUACCAAAUACAAGGGCUAUAAAGAGACUGAUCAUCAGAUAUCUUGGUUUUGGGAGAUUGUUGGGAGAAUGUCAGCAAAGCAAAGGAAGGACCUUCUUUUCUUUUGGACAUCUGUGAGAUAUCUACCAGUUGAAGGUUUCCGUGGUUUGGCUUCCCAUCUAUCCAUUUGCAGGUCUGUGCAACCUGACAAUCACCUGCCCACAUCUCACACAUGCUUUUUCGAGUUGUGUUUCCCCCGGUACUCAUCUAUGGCUGUCAUGCAAGAUCGCCUUGAAGUCAUAACUCAAGAACACAUUGGUUUGAGUUUUGGUACUGGUUAAAUACAUCUGCACUUUGGGUACAAGUGGUUUUGACUGCACUUUGGAAUAUCGAUGCUCAAUUUUGUACAAAUUAUAGGGUAGGCUAGGAUUAUUUAUCUGUUCUCAAAAUGAUAAAAUCAAAAGGCGCUCUAUUUCUGUUUCUCAAAUCAAUUCUGGAUGCAUUGUCAUGAUCAUCUGCAAACUUUCAUAUAUAUGGAGGUCAAGUAUCAAUGAAACAGGAUCAAAGGAAAGAAAAAUUGAUGAUUUUUUGGUGUGGUCAUUCUGUUGAAUAGCUGUUGGUUAGUCCUGCUUUGACAUGUAAGUUUGGACAAUAAAGCUCAACGCGCUAUUCUUCCUCAUAAUCUAUCAAGAAUUAGCAUCUUCAAAAUUCUAUCAGUUUAUCAUUCUGUGUUUGUGGAUUUACUACAUCUUUGUUCACCCCAAGAAAAAAAAGGGUUGCUAUCUCCUGUUUGAAUUUUGUCUUUAGGGAGGAGAAACCUUUAUGUGAUGCCUCAACAAAAACAUUAAGAAUAUU